AUGUACUGGAUAUUCGAGAUAUGUGGGGAGAUAAAGCGGGCCCAGUCCUGCAGGAAGUUUGCAAUAGACGGUCCGUUUGACUGGCUAAACAGGAUCCUCAUGCCUACCCUCAUGGUUAUCUGUUGCUUCCUACAAACAUUCACCUUCAUAUUCGGCACCAAUAUCAGCUGUGUGGGAUUCGACAGGGACGAUAAGAGCUUCGCUGAAGAGUACUGUUGGACCCAGGGUAUUUACACGAACAAGGCAGCGUACAACAUGCCCCAACAUGCCCCAUACCCUGGUAUAUCCCCCUGUGUUCCCGCUAUAAUCCCUAAAACUGGGAAGAUCUGGCUGCCCUGCAGUGACGAGGAGACAGAUAAAGCCUACCAUCUGUGGUAUCAAUGGGUACCGUUCUAUUUUCUAGCAGUGGCUCUGGGGUACUACAUUCCAUUUCUUAUCUUAAAGGGAUCUAAGCUGCAUCAGGUUAAGCCGCUCAUUACUUAUCUGUUGGAUCAUGAUAAUUUGGAGGGGGAUCCAAAAGAUUUGGUGGGUAAACUCUCUCACUGGGUAUUCAAGCAGCUGGUGUACCCUAGGUUUGCGUCCACGUCCUCCUUGUCCAUGUUCUGGCACGAGUGGGGCCUAGUUCUACUAGUCUGCUCAGUUAAAGUCCUGUACCUCACCACCUCCCUUCUCCACAUGGUCCUCACAGCUAGGAUGUUCAAGAUCGGCAACUGGUUCACUUACGGGAUACAGUUCGCUCGGAGAGCCACCAAGAACACCACCCAUGUUAAGGAUAUUGUCUUCCCGAAGAUGGUGGCGUGUAGGAUCGUCCAGUGGGGUGCUACUGGCAAGGUGCCAACUACUGGGAUGUGCGUGUUAGCGCUGAACGUCAUGAAUCAGUAUCUGUUCCUCAUAGUCUGGUACAUGAACGUUCUCCUGAUAUUCCUUAACUUCUUCAGCUGUGCCUAUACUAUUCUCAAGUUUUGUAGUCCUAAUAUAGUUCACCACCGUAUAGUAAACUCCUCCUCCCUGCUUGAUGAUCAUGACUUUACCAGAAUGUUCGGUUAUGUGGGCCCCUCAGGUCGGAUUAUCCUUGCUAAAAUGUCAGAACACAUGCCCGGUUACUUGCUCACUCUCAUCGCAAGGAAAGUAACCAAGAAAAUAGACAAAGAGAACAUCAAGAACAAGGGACAAGCCCCAAAGAUAAAGUUCACUAAGGUGAACGGGCAGCCGUCAGAGAUAGCCAGGGGCCCCCUGAUGGAGCUGAAUACCAUGAUGUUUAGCAUGGUUCCUCAGAACAUUCCAGAGUCUGGGAGGCGUACCGGGCGUACGUCAGAAUGGGAGUCAGAACCGAGCUACUUGUCGUAG